AUGGAAAAGGUUCUGAAGAAAAGUAAUUCUGACAAGGGGCUGAUGCAGAAGCCCGGAAAGAAUGGAAAUACUAAUAGGUUUCUGGUGACGGUUAAUGUUCUAGGAAGUGCAGGGCCAAUAAGGUUUGUGGCCAAUGAAGGCGACUCUGUUUCGGAAGUGAUCGAUGCAGCUCUGAAACUGUACGGCCGCGAGCAGCGCCUGCCGCAGCUUGGUUCUGAUGUUAACAGUUUCCUUCUUUAUCCUGCCAAUGCUGGUUUAGAUGCUCUGAAACCAUCAGAAUCAGUAAAAUCAAGUGGAAUGAGGAACUUUAUACUUUGCAAGAAGGAAGGGAUUCCCCAGAUGAAAGAAUCCAAGUCAGAGAUCAUUGCCAGAAAGAGAGGCAACAGUUUGAAGGCAUGGCUGAACAAGUCCCUUACUUUCAAGAUAUCAUCUCACUGA